CCCUCCUCCCCCUCCCUUUGGGUCCUCCACGCACUUUCCGGGCUGGCACCGAAGCAGUUAAGCUCUGCGCCUCCGCCAAGUCUGGCUCUCUUUCCCUCUCCUCCUCGCCUUCCUUCCUUUGGCUUCUUCGGAAGCAGCAGCAGCAGAAGGAGAAGAGCGGCUCCGUCGGUCCCGGCUCGGGCGGCAGGGCAAGGGGGGCGGCAUAGGACCCUCUCCAUGGCGAGAAAGCCCUCAUCCUUGUACCAAGAGUCCAGUUGAUGCCCGGCUGCUGGAUUUGGCAUCCUUGGCUAGACCCGGCACCGUUCGGAACCUAGGCCUCCAUCUCUUCCAGCCUGGAACCAUCCGGAAAAGGAUCUUCAUUCCUUGGCGGAGAGAUCCGCGGAGACAUCUAAGAGAUCGGGGAGACAUCUGCACUCGGGAUCGGUCUGUGCCAAAGAGGAGGAGGAGGACGACGACGACGACCACAGGCUGCUGCCUCGCUUUAAUUUGCAAGGAGACAAGCGCCUCUUAAUUAGCUCGCCUUGGCAGCUGUCCGGAGGAACCAAGGAAACAAGUGGCAGCUUAACAAGCGAAGGAAGGAGACGGCGGCGUCGCGGCUCUUCCUCUCCGAUGCCAGUCGAGCCUCGGACGUCCCUCCAGUGACCGCUUCCGAGCCUUCCUUUGCGAAGCCUGACGAGGAGGAUGACCGACAUGUCGGACCCGGCCAACCUGGGGGUGGUCUCGGCCACCUGCGUCUCCAAAGUGGAGCUGAGGGUCAGCUGCAAGCACCUCCUGGACCGAGACACCCUCAACAAGUCGGACCCCUGCGUGGUGCUCCUCAUGCAGUCCCAAGGGCAGUGGAUGGAGGUGGACCGGUCGGAGGUCAUCAGAAGCAACCUGAACCCGGUCUUCGCCAAGGUCUUCAUGGUGGACUAUUACUUCGAGGAGGUGCAGAAACUACGCUUUGAGGUUUAUGACAUCCACGGCCACGGAGGGAUCGGGACCCACGACGAUGACUUCCUGGGCGGGAUGGAGUGCACUGUGGGGCAGAUUGUGGCCCAGAAGCGGGUGAGCAAACCUCUGUGCCUGAAGUACGGAAAGUACGCUGGAAAGUCCACCAUCACCGUCACCUCGGAAGAGAUUUCCGGAGACAACGGCUUCGUGGAGCUCUUCCUCCGGGCCAAGAAGCUGGAUGACAAGGAUCUCUUCAGCAAGUCAGAUCCCUUUCUAGAGAUCUACCGGAUCAACGACGAUGGGAGCGAGCAGCUGGUCCACCGCACGGAGUUUGUCAAGAACAACCUGAGCCCAGUUUGGGAGCCCUUCAAGGUUUCUCUGAACUCCCUUUGCAGCUGCGAAGAGAAGCGGAAGCUGAGGUGCAUUGUCUUCGACUACGAUUCUCGCGGCAAACAUGACUUCAUCGGAGAGUUUUACACCACUUUUGAGGAGAUGCAGAAAGCCAUGGGGGGAAACAAGAUCCAAUGGGACUGUAUAAACCCAAAGUACAAGAUCAAGAAGCGGAACUACAAGAACUCAGGCGUGGUCAUCCUCCUGGACCUCAAGAUCCACAGGGUCUACUCCUUCCUGGAUUACAUCAUGGGCGGAUGCCAGAUCCACUUCACGGUGGCAAUCGACUUCACGGCGUCCAACGGAGACCCCCGAAACAGCUGCUCCCUCCACUACAUCAACCCUUACCAGCCCAACGAGUACCUCAAGGCCUUGGUGGCCGUCGGGGAGAUUUGCCAGGAUUACGACAGCGACAAGAAGUUCUCUGCCUUAGGCUUCGGAGCCAGGAUCCCCCCCAACUAUGAGGUCUCCCAUGAUUUUGCCAUUAAUUUCAACCCAGACGACGAUGAGUGUGAAGGCAUCCAAGGCGUGGUGGAGUCGUACCAGAACUGCUUGCCCAAGAUCCAGCUCUACGGCCCCACCAACGUGGCCCCCAUCAUCUCCAAAGUGGCCCAAGUGGCUGCCGAGGAGGAGAAGACCAAGGAGGCCUCGCAAUAUUUCAUCCUGCUGAUCCUGACGGACGGCGUGGUGACCGACAUGGCCGACACGCGAGAGGCCAUCGUCCGGGCCUCCUACUUGCCCAUGUCCAUCAUCAUCGUCGGGGUGGGCAACGCCGACUUCACCGACAUGCAGAUCCUGGACGGGGACGAUGGGGUCUUGCGGUCCCCCAAAGGCGAGCCCGUCCUGCGCGACAUCGUGCAGUUCGUCCCGUUCCGCGAUUUCAAAAAUGCCUCUCCGACGGCGCUGGCCAAAUGCGUCCUGGCCGAGGUGCCCAAGCAAGUGGUGGAGUAUUACAGCUACAAGGCCUUGCCGCCCCGCAGCCAGAAAGGAGGGGGCAGCACCCCGGAUUCCACCCUGAACUCGCCCCAGUGACCAGGGUCCAGCCCGGUUUGGGACCCUCCGCCACCGCCGUGUUGUCUGUCUUCCCGUCAUCCGCCAAGUCAUGAUCCCCAGAGGGAAAGAGAGCGCCAGAUGCUGCCGGACACGCAAGACGAUGGAGCAAUGAGUGCCAGAAUCCCCAGAGGAAACCAGGAGCAAGGGGUUGGCAGCUCUUAGUGGACCUCAAGACCUUUCGGAAGUGCCACACAUCCAAACACACACCGCACCUGCAACUAGUGUCAAGCUGGGAGGUGUAUUUACAGCCCAAAUGGGUGCAUUGGCUCCCUUGGUCUGGAAGACAGGGAUCGCAGGUAAAGAGAAGGAGGAGAACAUCGAGCCAUGCUUAUUCUCAUGUACACGCAUAUUGAUGUGGUAUUUAGCCAGACACACAAACACACAUAGCAGCCACAAAUGGGACUACCUGCCCUGCACUUUGCCAUUUAUUUACUUGUACUGCCCAAGCUACGGGUUGGACUAGAUGGCCCUUAGGUGUCCCAUUCAUCCAUCUACAUACAUAGCAGUCACAAAUGGGACUACUUUCCCUGCACUUUGCCAUUUAUUUACUUGAUCUGCGUAAGAUGCAGGUAGGACUAGAUGGCCCUUAGGUGUCCCAUUCAUCCAUCUACAUACAUAGCAGUCACAAAUGGGACUACUUUCCCUGCACUUUGCCAUUUAUUUACUUGUACUGCCCAAGCUACGGGUUGGACUAGAUGGCCCUUAGGUGUCCCAUUCAUCCAUCUACAUACAUAGCAGUCACAAAUGGGACUACUUUCCCUGUACUUUGCCAUUUAUUUACUUGAUCUGCGUAAGAUGCAGGUAGGACUAGAUGGCCCUUAGGUGUCCCAUUCAUCCAUCUACAUACAUAGCAGUCACAAAUGGGACUAUUUUCCCUGUACUUUGCCAUUUAUUUACUUGAUCUGCGUAAGAUGCAGGUAGGACUAGAUGGCCCUUAGGUGUCCCAUUCAUCCAUCUACAUACAUAGCAGUCACAAAUGGGACUACUUUCCCUGUACUUUGCCAUUUAUUUACUUGAUCUGCGUAAGAUGCAGGUAGGACUAGAUGGCCCUUAGGUGUCCCAUUCAUCCAUCUACACACAUAGCAGUCACAAAUGGGACUACUUUCCCUGUACUUUGCCAUUUAUUUACUUGAUCUGCGUAAGAUGCAGGUAGGACUAGAUGGCCCUUAGGUGUCCCAUUCAUCCAUCUACAUACAUAGCAGUCACAAAUGGGACUACUUUCCCUGUACUUUGCCAUUUAUUUACUUGAUCUGCGUAAGAUGCAGGUAGGACUAGAUGGCCCUUAGGUGUCCCAUUCAUCCAUCUACAUACAUAGCAGUCACAAAUGGGACUACUUUCCCUGUACUUUGCCAUUUAUUUACUUGAUCUGCGUAAGAUGCAGGUAGGACUAGAUGGCCCUUAGGUGUCCCAUUCAUCCAUCUACACACAUAGCAGUCACAAAUGGGACUACUUUCCCUGCACUUUGCCAUUUAUUUACUUGUACUGCCCAAGCUGCGGGUUGGACUAGAUGACCCUUAGGUGUCCCAUUCCUCUAUCAUAGCAGCCACAAAUGGGACUACUUUCCCUGCACUUUGGCAUUUAUUUACUUGUACUGUGGCUCCUGCCCAAGCUGUGGGUGGGACUGGAUGACCCUUAGGUGUCCCAUUCAUCUAUCUAUAUGCAUAACAGUCACAAAUGGGACUACUUUCCCUGUACUUUGGCAUUUAUUUACUUGUACUGUGGCUCCUGCCCAAGCUGCGGGUUGGACAAGAUGGCCUUUGGGGGACCCAUUCAUCCAUCUACAUACAAACACACAUAGCAGCCACAAAUGGGACUACUUUCCCUGCACUUUACCAUUUAUUUACUUGUACUGCCCAAGCUUUGGUUGGACCGGAUGACCCUUAGGUGUCCCAUUCAUCCAUCUAUACACAAACACACAUAGCAGCCACACAUGGAACCACUUUUCCUGCAGUUUGACCUUUAUUUACUUGUACUGCCCAAGCUGCGGGUUGGACUGGAUGACCCUUAGGUGUCCCAUUCAUCCAUCUAUACACAAACACACAUAGCAGUCACAAAUGGGACUACUUUCCCUGCACUUUGCCAUUUACUUACUUGUACUGCCCAAGCUGCGGGCAGUAUGGCCAUGUUCCAGAAGUAUUCUCUCCUGACGUUUCACCCACAUCUAUGGCAGGCAUCCUCAGAGGUUGUGAGAUCUGUUGGAAACUGGGCAACCACUGAGGAUGCCUGCCAUAUAUGUGGGCGAAACGUCAGGAGAGAAUACUUCUGGAACAUGGCCAUACUGCCCGGAAAACACACAACAACCCUGUGAUCCUGGCCAUGAAUGCCUUCGACAACACAAUUUACCAGUUACUUUAUUUAUAUCCCCAAAACUAUAAAUAUAUUUCUACAACUCUUAUGAUGUGGAUGGAGGGAAACAUGGAGGUGAUGAGCACACAAACAUGUACAUAUACUAUGCUACACACAAACCCAGCUCCAUGAUUUGCGCAACAAUUCGUAGUGGGUUCUGUCCGGAGGGGGAGUUUUCUUGGAAUUGGCUCUCAGGACUUCUCUGUGGCUGUGUAAACUCUCCAAUCACUCCUUCUUCCAAUGGAGAGAAAUGUCCUCCUUCUCAUACUAGAAUCACCCCAUGGAUUGACCUGGGGAGCCGUGGCAUCGCCUGCACACGAGGAAUGGGUGCUAGGUCCGGACAGUGAGCUUGGAGGGUCCCGGUUUCAUUGCUGCCACUCUCCCCUCCUCGUCCAGCUCCGGCCUUCUCUUCAACGUGGUCCACGGUCGUCUUUCGGUGUCGUCGUCCGCCUUCGGUUUGCAUGACCAACCUCUUGUUCUUGAUGUACGAAAGUGGGAGACGCCCAAUAAAAGGAGAUGUUCUGUU